AUGGAUCUCCUUCACAGCAUCAUCGGACGCCUCUGUGGUGGGCCUUUGGAGGGGGCUGAGGCUGAUCACGUUGAGAACGUUGCUGAGCAAGUCGUUCAGAUCAUAUCGAAUGCCGAGAAAAAUGGCCCUUCUCUACGAGCUCAAAUAAAAGGCACUGUACAAGCAGAAGGAUGGACUGAGGGGAUCGCAAAGACUAUUUUAGCCAAGUUACAGCAAGUAGUCGAACAGGGGAAGGAGGAUUGGGGUCCCGUGAUGCGUGAAGCCAUCAAUACAGCAAGGAAAAUUGUACUGGAUAUUUUCCAGUUGGCACUGGAUCACCCUGUGGCUGCAACCAUUUUUUGCACACUGGUUGCACUGGGAAUUCUCGUUUUGAUUACACCUUGGGUGAUCGAGGCACUGGGGUUUGGCAAGCUUGGUCCCAUCGAAGGUACUUUCGCUACGUGGUGGCAAUCGACAUACCGCGGGUCGAGGGUUCUGAAGGGCGCUGGAUGUAGCCAUCAGGCAUCAUUCAUGUUCGGUGAUUAG